AGCCGUGCCGAGCACAGCCGAGCUGAGUCGAACCCAGCCGAGGCGAGCAUCUCCCGCCGCCACCGCCCAGCGCCCAGCGCCCCGGGCGCCCGCCCCCCUCCGGCUCCAGCGCCUUGCAGCGGGCCAAACCUCCCGACCAUGCCUCGUGCCCCACCUGCUUCUGCGACCCCCCAGUCCGGAGUAAACUCGAAUACCUGCAGUCGUCUUAUCUCCGCACUAGGCAUGCAGUAAAGGCUGAAAAUCUGGGUCACAGCUGAGGAAGACCUCAGACAUGGAGUCCAGGAUGUGGCCUGCUCUGCUGCUGUCCCAUGUCCUUCCUCUCUGGCCACUGCUGUUACUGCCCCUCCCACCGCCUGCUCAGGGCUCCUCCUCCUCCCCUCGAACCCCACCAGCCCCUGCCCGCCCCCCAUGUGCCCGGGGUGGCCCCUCAGCUCCACGACAUGUGUGCAUUUGGGAGCGGGCACCUCCACCAAGUCGGUCCCCUCGGGUACCAAGAUCACGUCGGCAAAUUCUGCCAGGCACUGCGCCCCCUGCCACCCCAUCAGGCUUUGAGGAGGGACCUCCCUCAUCUCAGUAUCCCUGGGCUAUUGUGUGGGGCCCCACAGUGUCUCGAGAGGAUGGGGGGGACCCCAACUCAGUCAAUCCUGGAUUUUUGCCCCUGGACUAUGGUUUUGCAGCCCCCCAUGGGCUGGCUACUCCACAUCCCAACUCAGACUCAAUGCGGGAUGAUGGGGAUGGGCUCAUCCUUGGAGAAACACCUGCUACCCUGAGGCCAUUCCUGUGGGGGCAUGGAGAAGGUGUGGACCCCCAGCUCUAUGUCACAAUCACAAUCUCCAUCAUCAUUGUUCUUGUGGCUACUGGCAUCAUCUUCAAGUUUUGCUGGGACCGCAGCCAGAAGCGGCGCAGACCUUCCGGGCAGCAAGGUGCCCUAAGGCAGGAGGAGAGCCAGCAGCCACUGACGGACCUGUCCCCAGCUGGAGUCACUGUGCUGGGGGCCUUCGGGGAUUCGCCCACCCCCACCCCUGACCAUGAGGAGCCCCGAGGGGGACCCCGGCUUGGGAUGCCCCAGCCCAAGGGGGCUCCAGCCUUCCAGUUGAACCGGAUUCCCCUGGUGAAUCUGUGAUGCCCCCCGCAUGUUGGGGUGCUGCCAAGCAGGAGGCCAAGGGGCCUGCAUAGCCGCCAUCCACUGAGGGUGGGGCAGCUGGGGCCACAGGGGCUCCGGGCUCCUGCCCUUGCACACCACCUGGAACACUCACUGGCCCUAUGGGCAAGCAUACCUGCCCACCCUCCUGCA